CCAAAAUACGAAAUUGAAAAUACUAUAGAACACCUUAUUAUAAAUGCUGUCUCUACUACCCAAUAUUUAAAUCCUGUUCAAUAUUUCAAUACUGCUACUUUAACUCAAGAUAGAAUAAUUAAGAAAAUCAUUGUUUCUAGUGAACCAUUACUAAAUGCCAUGGCACAAAAGAAAGCAAAAGAAAUUAUUAAUAAAAUGAAUGAAGAAAUCGCAAAGUAUCAAAAGGAUUAUAAUUUGACAACUGAUCCUGAGGCCAAAUGUGAGCUAAUAGAUCAUAUACAAGACCUUAAACAACAUCAGCAAGUUGUGAAGUAUGACUCGCCUGGACAUCCACCUCUUUUGUACAAAUACCCGGACUUACUAGAACACAUUCAUGAGAGCAUAGAGUUCAGGGCUGCUGAUAGCAAAAGAAGAAAAGAAGUUAUUAAUGUUCAAACAAUAAAUCACAUAAAAGAAGAACUAGAGUCAAAAUAUAAUGAAUAUCUUUCCCAAACUGCUAUAAACAAUUACCUACUACCAUGUCAUUCAAACUCAAUAGAAGCAAAAAAUUACCACCAUCCAACUAAUAUUCAGGUUGCAACUGUCUCAAGGAAUGAAAGGGCAGAUCAUUCGAAUGUUUAUUAUUGUUUUGCUUCUGUAAAGGCAGCAAGACAAUUUGCAGCCCUAUUUCCAAUCUUUUUGGUAAUUAUGUCACAAGAUGAUAAAGCCAAGGUUCUCCUCGGCAUUUCUGCAGUUGAAAAAAGUUUUAAAGUCAUACAAAGUAACAAUAAGCCAGUUACCAUUCUGGACUACGACUUUCUUGCUAGUUUACAACAGAAACUUAUUUCAUCUGUUUAUUUAAUCAUCGAUCCAAGUGAUACAAAUGACACACUUCAUAGAGGCCAAAUGUUAAUAUACAUCCAUCCACAAUAUAAGAUAGGAACAAGCUUGAAAACCCAUAUGAAUGAUCUAUAUUCUUUAAUGAAUAAUGGCAGUUUUGACAAUAUGUUAAAGGUUAAUAAUAAAAUCAGACCCAUAUGGGUCCUCCUUGUAGAUAGAGGCCCUGAUAAAAAUCUCUGUUACCUAAAAAAUAUCUCUCACUAUUGUAACAUCUUUCGCUCUUUCGACCUCGAUUAUUUGAUCAUUAGAACUCAUGCUCCAGGUCACUCAGCAUACAACCCUGUUGAAAGGAGUAUGGCAUCUCUUUCAACAAAACUAGCAGAUGUAAAGAAAUGUAAUAAUAUCAAAUGUUGCUUUCCUAAAAGAUGUGAGGAGGCUGCUAACCUUCUUGUUUCAUAUAAUAGUUUCUUCCUCCCUUUAGUAAUGAAGAAAGAUGGUCACUAUAUUAAUUCAAUACAUCUAUUAGAGUAUCUUGACAAGAAAAAAAUACUGGGGUACAACCAACAUUGCCCCUCCAUGACUGAUAAUUAUAUAAAACACACCUGUCCUAUUUGUGGAAAAUAUUUCCUAACAAUCUCAAUGGUUGCUAAUCACAAAAAAAACCAACAUUUAAAAGAAGCUUGUAAACCUGGAAGGCCAAAAAAAGAUGAAACAAUAGCAAAAGAAGCCUGUUUGAUUAAACGUGGACCUGGAAGGCCAAAAAAAGAUAAAACAAUGGCAAAAGAAACCUUUCUGAUUAAACGUGGACUUGGAAGGCCAAAAAAUACUGAAACAAUGACAAAAAAGCAAAAAACCAAAUAA